AUGUCUGUCGAGAUUGAGCCGGUGGGCCAUACCCCCUCAGCCACAAACGAACCCAUCAGGCCACUGCGAAGGUAUCAGGAUAUUUCCGAUGAAGUUCUGGAUAGCCCGUGGGCUAAGAAGACGGUUUUGACAUUUGACGGAGGAGGCGUGCGUGGUUACUCUAGCCUCCUGAUCCUGAAGGCAUUGAUGUUAAAGAUUAAGGAGCUUGAAAUAGAGAGCCUUAAUAGCAGAAUAUGCUCAAGUAGGGACUACCCAUGGAUGGAAGCCCAUGCUUCUAGUACAUCUACCUCUAACGAAAGCACUCUUGACGACUUCUUACCUUGCCAUUAUUUUGAUUAUAUAGCAGGCACAUCCACAGGAGGUUUAUCAGCUAUCAUGCUCGGUAGGCUCCGUAUGACCGUGGAUGAUGCUCUUCAGCAGUACAAGAUGUUUGGGAACAACGUGUUUGGAAAAGCGAGGUGGUGGCACGCAAGGUCCGGUCUUUGGUUUCCCAGAGCCAAGUAUCCAUCGAAGAAGGCUAGAAAUGCGUUCAAGCGGAUUAUUCAUAACAAGAUAACGGAGCAUGACAAAACCAUACCAUACCAUCAAGCAGAGAUGGAAUUAUUCAAGUAUCGCAAAGACCGGACCAGAACUAUAGUAUUUUCUUUUUCGGUCGAUAAGAAAGCAGGCGUAGACAUGGGAUACCUAUGGAGGACUUAUAGUCAUGAGUCCAGUACAAAUUCGUCCGAUGACACUUACCGGCCCCUAAAUCCUUCAGUUGCUCACACGAUACCAAUAUGGCAGGUUGCGCGCGCAACAUCUGCUGCCCCAUCGUACUUCGAACCUAUCAAGAUAGGUGAUAAAGAGCAUUUUGACGGUGGUGUUUUCGCCAACAAUCCCUCUAUCCGCGUUCUUGAAGAGGUCCGGGCUCUGCAUGGCUAUUCCCCUAGGAUAUUUAUCAGUAUAGGCUGUGGCUUAAAGACCAACGCAAGUGAGAGCCAAGAAACAGGAAAUCCUCACCGCCAAAGCUUCAAUGACGGGAUUGUGGACUCUGGCAGGCGAAAAAGAGAAGCUUUGAAGAAAUGGCUUGAACUCUUGCAUGGAGUCCGGCGUUUUAUGACUGACACAGAAGGCCCAAACGGUGUCCAAGGAUGGAACAACGAAUGUGUUACUCUACAGAUUAAGUAUCGAUGGAGGCUCAACGUUGGGGGAGCACUUGCGAAAGUUGCUUUGGAUGACUGGGUUCCGCCCAAGUCAGGUGAAUCAACACUUGAUAAAAUUGAGAGAGAAACAGACGAUUAUCUAUCCCAGCCCAGAACUAAAGAGAAAAUCCUCGAAAUGGCAAGGGAACUUGUUAACAUCCGGCACGAACGAGCAGAAACUGAACGUUGGGAGCGAUUUGCCUUGGACGUGGUGUAUCGUUGUCCCGAAUCUAGCUGUCAGGGACGACAUUCCCGAGGAAAAAGACAUUACUAA